GUCUAUUUGAAGCUAAUAUAAUUUAUUCGAAACAAAACUGAUACAAUGAUAGCUUUCAUUAACAAUGAUAACAUAUUUGACGAAUGUCGUCUUCUAAACACAGUGGUUCUUUUAAAAACAUGUUAUAUAGAUGGUAACAUUAAAGACAUAGAGUAAUUUUAUUUGUGGUAUUUUUGAAUAAUUUAACCUUAGUUUCGUAAAAAAUACAUAUGGUUAUCACAUGUACGUUCAAUUGAAAUACUGGUACGUACUAAUAAUACAUGUCAUGUGUUUACGAAUCGGAUAGAAAUAUCCGUCCCGAGGUCACCUGCGCAUUGGGCGGUAACGAGACCAGCAGAGGGACGGAUAUUUCUAUCCGAUUCGUAAACACAUGAUUGAUAUUUUUUUCUUGCAUAUCUUAUACAUAUUAGCUUUUUAUUCUGGUAGAUUGUUUUGCAUAACGUAUUUGAAUAAAUAAAUAAAUAAAUAAAUAAAUAAAUAAAUAAAUAAAGCAAAUAGAAAUGCACUCUUUCUUGUAGUAGAGUAUGAACACAAAGCGCGGGAAAUUAACGUUCGUAAGCAGAAGUGAUGUCAUGACGUUUCAGUGACGCGUAAUAACAAAGUUCCCCUUUAGUUUUAUCGUUUGUAGCGUAACGGUAUGUUCUUAUCGUAAAAUAACGUAUUUUGAAUCGAAAAAUAUAUUAUAAGGAACGGAGAGAAACUAUCAAGGUACCUGAUUUUUUUUCGUAUGUUACAUAUUCAGUUCAUGAAUGGCUAGUUGUCAUUAACAGCACAAUAGUUAUCUGGCAUGGGGGUGCCAGAUGGGUUUUGCUGGCAUGGGUAAAAACACCGGAAACGCCAGUCCGGUGUGCAAGAAUAUGUCUUUCCAUUAAUUCUUUGUGAUUAUUUUCACAUAAGUAUUUUUUCACUGUACGUAACUUCAGAUUUAGGGACGCCCGUACUUGGUCCGGUCGUGCUGUCUGUACUAAGACUAUUUCGAUGCUUCAUGAUUAAAAUACAUGUGUGGCAUAUCUGAGGGACCAAGUUGAGUCCGUAUAGUAAUGACAGAGAUAAAGUGAAGAUUUAACAUUAACCGGUGUCUCUAAGUAUCAUGAAGAUCAAUUGAAAAAUACAGCCUCUAUUGCACACACAAGGUUUUUCUUUGAUUUGACCUAGUGACCUAGUGACCUAGUUUUUGACCACAGAUUACGCAUAUUCUAACUUGACCUAGAUUUCAUCAAGGCAAUUAUUCUGACUAAAUUUUAUGAAUAUCCACUGUAAAAUGCAGCCCCUAUUGCGUACACAAGGUUUUUUUAAUUUGACCGGGUGACCUAAUUUUUGACCCUAGAUGACCCAUAUUCAAACUCCACCUAGAAUUUCAUAUAAACAAACAUUCUGAUUAAAUUUCAAGGAGAUCCGGUGUAAAAUGAAGCCCCUACUGCAUACAAAGGAUUUGUCUUUUAUUUGACAGUGACCUAGCUUUUGACCCUGGAUGAUCCAUAUUCGAUCUUGACCUAGAUUUUAUCAAGAAAUCAUUCUGACCAGAAUUCAUGAAGAUCAGUUGAAAAAUACAGCCUCUACUGGUACCGAUGAUAAACCCGGACAGAUGAUAAAGUCGACCACCUUGGAAAUAUUCGGUUAUUUAUAAAAUCGAACACACCAUCUAAUAGUUUCCACUUAAACACCAACUGGUGAAAAUAAAAUCAAAAUUGAUAAAUAUUCUGUAUAAAUAAAUGACUUACAUUUAUCUGUAUAAAAAAUAUUUAUACAAAAUUACUGGGGAAGAGGGUGUUUUUUGCGCAUGCUCACUGUCGCCACAUGAAGGCCUGACAUUGGGUAACUUUUCAUUACUUGAUCAGAAAUGACUGUUGCAGCUUUUUGGGGAAAGUUUCAAUAUAAUACUACGAAGGAAAUUUUGUAAAUGACAAAGUGAUCGAAUUUAUCAUCAGUCAACCUUCGUACAGUCCCCAUUUUACAAACCCCUUUCAGGGCCUCACUGCGUUUGAGUUUGCUAACUAAGUAUACAUUUGAAUUAUGUAAAGUUUUCAGCAAAUGUUAAGCUUUAUUUUGAUACCGACCAUUGAUUACAAUUGCAGGAAAAAAAAGUUACAGGUAAAAAACUUCAUUUUCUGUUCGGGUUUAUCAUCAGUACCAGUAUCGCAUACACAAGGAUUUAUUUUUAUUUGAACUAGUGACCUAGUUUUUGACCCCAGAUGACCCAUUUUAAAACUUGGCUUAGAUUUCAUCAAGGUAAUCAUUCUGACAAAAUUUCAUGAAGAUCAUUUAAAAAAUACAACCUCUAUCGCAUACACGAGGUUUUUCUUUGAUUUGACCGAGUGACCUACUUUUUGACCCCAGAUAACCGAUUUCCGAACUAAGCCUAGAUUUCACCAAGGUAAUUAUCUAACCAAAACUCAUGAAGAUCAAUUAAAAAAUGCAGCCUCUUUCGCAUACACAAGGGUUUUCUAUUAUUUGACCCAUUUUCGAACUCGGCCUAGAUUUCAUCAAGAUUUGACAAAUUUUCAUGAAAAUCAGUUGAAAAACACAGCCUCUAUCGCAUACACAUGCUAAAUGUUGACAGACGAUAGACAGGCAGAUAGACAGAUGCUGGACAUGGAGCGAUCACAAUAACUCACCUGAGCAUAGCUAAAAAGAAAUACUACACAAUACCUUACCCAUAGAGCCUGUACCACAACUGCAUCUUGGUAAUAUAAAUGUUGAAAUGUAAAACCUUUGACAAAAAUAACAUAACAACAUUCAGAAUUUUCUAUCGAACUGAAACCUUAUCUACCAGGAAUAUACGUAAGCGUUGAUAAGUAAGUUAACCAUUAGACAUAAAUUAGAUUCAACGUUGACUACAUGCUAGUUUGUAUUUUGUUUUUAAAACAAAUCACGAAGACAAAUGACAAGGAAUGACCUACAACAGAAAGUUCGAUGAGACAGUUUUGUACCACAAACGCAAUGUGUAGCGAUGUUGAGGAUUCAGAAUGUAGAUGGAUGAUGUGUAAAUGCAAGCCUAGACUGAGCUACCAUCAUGGCACGAAAAAAUGUCUUUCAGACUGCGGUGAUUAUGGAUAUGGUAACACGUACCAAGUUGAGAUGGAUGCGUUAUUAAGUGGAUUUUCUGCCAAUACAUUCACCUCCAUUUCAUUAGAAGAGUGUAUACAAAAAUGCACAACAGAAACAUGCAUCAUUUGUAGAUCUGCCGAGUACAAGAAAGACAAGCAGACAUGUUAUUUGAGUUGGGAAACCCUCCACACGAACCCUUCAUCCCACUCGAAAGACAGUCGGAACUAUGUUAUUUAUACCAGGGACUGUAAUUCAGACUAAAGAUAAUUUUGAAAGUUAUAACUGUUGUUUUUCAGCUAUGUCAACACUAUCAUUUGUCCUUGAUGCCCCUCAGAAUCCAGUUGGGGAGAUUUCAUGUUAAACUCGGAGUUAUUGCGGGACUGAGGACGAGUUAAGUGGAAAAAGACACACUAAGAGUAAAAUAUGUAGAAAACUCUCAGAAAAACCGCUAAUGAAAUUUUAUGCAUUGUAGAAGAAAUUUAGCUGUUUUUAUAUGGUACACAUUAAAUUAUAUACGUAAACAAUACUGGUUUAACAUUUUCAAUAUCUAAUGUCAAUUGCCAUCUAUCUACCAUUUUUGACAAGGAAAUGGACAAGCUCAGAGAAUACUUUCAAGCACGUAACUACCCUGAAUGUGUUAUAAAUGAGGCAUUAAAGAAGGCCUCUUCUCUAUCAAUGCAAGAUGCUCUUAAUUCGUGCAGUAGCAAAAAUACUGAUAAAGUCAUUCCUUUUGUAUGUACCUACAAUCCAUCUUUGCCCAAUAUUGGUAAAAUAAUAAACCAAUACUGGAAUCUUUUAAAGUAUUCUCAACAAGAGAGUGUUAGACAAUUAUAUGACUAUAAACCUAUUGUUGCUUACAAAAGACCCAAGAAUAUUCAAGAUGUUUUAGUUCAUUCUAGGCUGAGUAAGAAAGACAAAAAUUGUAGUGUAAGUAAAUGUUAUAGACGUCGCUGUACACACUGCUUAAAUAUUAAUGAAGAUAAUUCAUUUUCUAGUUCCACCAAUUCAUCUUGUUAUAAUGUUAGACAUGAUCUGUCAUGCAAUUCAACUGAUGUUAUUUACUUAAUAACAUGUAAUAAAUGUUUUAAACAGUAUGUUGGACAAACGCACCAGCAAUGUUCACAAAGAAUGAAUAGUCAUAGAUUUGAUAUCAAUCAUUAUCCAGAAACUACUACCAAUGUUUCUGAACAUUUUAAUUCUCAAGGACAUACUAUCCAGGAUUUCUCUUUUAUGCCCAUUGAUAAAGUAACUAAUCCUUGGAAAAGGCUUUUAAAAGAGACUUCCUGGAUGUACCGUUUGGGCACUGUGUCUCCACAAGGAAUGAAUUCAAAGAUUCUGUAUUAAUGCCUUUCUGAAAUACUUGUUAUAUAUGUAUAUUUUAUUACUUGUAUGUAUUCCAUAAUCAGUUUUUACUGGUGCCAUUCCUUAAUCAUUGCACUUAUACUGCAUUUUUUCACCAGUUUUUAUGUAUCAUACUAUGAUCCUGUUUAUGAUUUUUACGCCAAACUCUUGGUCAGAGACCACCAAUUCCAAAAAGUACAGGGAACUUACUGGGAAUGAGGUAAGUGUAUACCUGGGAAUAAGGUAACGUCUGUGCGUUCUGAUUGGUCAGUCAUGUAAACAAACCCAGGAAGUGAUUAUUUUUUCAAAAUUGAUAUUUUUUCACUGCAUUUACAGUAUUUUAUUAUACAUUUUGACAAAAUUUGCUACAUUUUAUGUGUAUUGAAAAAAAGUUUUAUCAAACGAAUUUCUCCCGCCAUGUCAAUGAUGUAAACAGGGGGUCAUCUCAUUCACACGAAAAUUACUUAAAUAAAGUAUCACUAUUCAUAUGUUUUUCGUCCGAUAUUUUGGUAGAACUAAGAUAGUUCUUGAAAAACUUGUAAUUAGAUAUACAUGUUUCGAUGUAUGGAAGGCCGUACACGCCAUAAUGUUACAAUGUAAGUCUAUGGGAAAACAAUUGGUGGUCUCUGACCUAUAAUAGAGCUAAAACAUGACUUUCGUCGGAAGUCAUCACAGGUAAUGUAAAUGGCCACAAAUCUGUUGUAAAUGAUGUAGAAAGACGUUUUCGUGCAAAAAUAAGCGUGAAAUUUGAUUUUUUAAAAAAAUUUGGCCUCUUUUUUUAACAGGUGUGCCCAUUUUUGUCUGGGCUUUUUGGCCAAAAAGGACCUUUUUAAUCUCUGUAAUGUUAGAGAAUGAUCAAAAUUAUUAGACCUUAUUUCUGUUUUUUACGGAAUGAAUCGUAUUUCAGCUUCCAAGUCAAAUCAAAAGCAGACAACUGAAAUUUUCACGAAAAAUUGCAAUCUCACGACGACAGGGACCGAGUCUGGGCAUAUAAAUCGACAGGGGGUGACCUCAGUAAACUGUCCAUAUCUUUCUUAAAACUGUUCAUUUCUUGAUGAAACUUUGUAAGACAUUUGGUAUUGGAUCAUGUUUCACAAUAUCACUGUAAAGUUGGAAAAUGUGAUACGAAACAUUCAUCUAUAGGUCAGAGACCACCAAUUCCAAAAAGUACAGGGAACUUACUGGGAAUGAGGUAAGUGUAUACCUGGGAAUAAGGUAACGUCUGUGCGUUCUGAUUGGUCAGUCAUGUAAACAAACCCAGGAAGUGAUUAUUUUUUCAAAAUUGAUAUUUUUUCACUGCAUUUACAGUAUUUUAUUAUACAUUUUGACAAACUUUGCUACAUUUUAUGUGUAUUGAAAAAAAGUUUUAUCAAACGAAUUUCUCCCGCCAUGUCAAUGAUGUAAACAGGGGGUCAUCUCAUUCACACGAAAAUUACUUAAAUAAAGUAUCACUAUUCAUAUGUUUCUCGUCCGAUAUUUUGGUAGAACUAAGAUAGUUCUUGAAAAACUUGUAAUUAGAUAUACAUGUUUCGAUGUAUGGAAGGCCGUACACGCCAUAAUGUUACAAUGUAAGUCUAUGGGAAAACAAUUGGUGGUCUCUGACCUCUUUGUUUAAUUUUGACGUUGUCGUCAUCGACGUCGUUUGACGUUGACGUCACUUCCUUUGUUAUGUUUAUUUUGAACCCUGAAGAAGGCUGAUGUAGCCGAAACGUUGGUUAAAAAUAAAGUGACUUGUUUUUAAAAAGUUUUUGUAGUUUUGACUACUUUUAAUACUUAUAUUCAUCUAUCUAGAUGCAAAUCCUUUAAAUAAAAAAUAUCUGCCUCUUCCGUUGAUAAUAAAGAAGAAGUUUGGUAAAAAAAGACAUGAGGUACAAGAAGUGUGACCAUAAAUGAUAAAAUCUGUAAGAAGAUCCCUUGUAAUCAUAAAAAACCGCAAACAAGAAAAAUAAAAGCAGACUCUUUGAGUGAGUCUGUUCUGAGGAGGGAUAAUGAAAUGUACAACAUCUCGCGAGUCCCCACAGUCGACAUACAGUAUAAGUGUACCAAACUUUUGAAAUGGGCCUGUAUAUAAGUAUUCCAGUAAACGGAAGAACCGGCGGACGUAGAUGUAAUAAUAUACCUACUUAGAAAAACACUUCAUACACCUCAUAUUUCAUUGAACCACUAGCUUCGUUGUCGCUGGAUACUCUUGCAGACUCGAACAGAACAGUACAGAGUAAAUUUUAAAGAUGGGACUAAGUUUACAAAUUUAUUUCUUGUUUGGUAUGGUGUGCAAAGUAGCGAUAGGAGACGAGCAACAUUGCUCAAAAUAUCACUACGAGGCUCAAACUCUGGAAAGAAUUAUCAGGGCCGAGAUCAGUUUGGAAACGGUGAAAAAUGACAUUCAACAUAUGAAGGAAGCAAUGGAAAAGGACAAGAUGAAAACUGUCGAACAUAAAUCAGAACUUGAAGAAAAACUGGAACUAAUGCAGCAUACCAUUGAGAACGUCAUGAUCAACAUCAGCAAGACAAAUGACAAGGAAUGGCCUACAACUGAAAGUUCAAUGAGACAGUUUUGUACCACAAACACAAAGUGUAGUGAUGUUGAGGAUUCAGAAUGUAAAUGGAUGGCGUGUAAAUGCAAGCCUGGACUGAGCUACCAUCACGGCACGAGGAAAUGUCUUUCAGACUGUGGCGAUUAUGGAUAUGGUAACACGUACCAAGUUGAGAUGGAUGCGUAUUUAAACGGAUCUGGUACCAACAAAUUUACCUCAAUUUCAUUAAAAGAUUGUAUACAAAAAUGCGCAACAGAAACAAGCAUCGUUUGUAGAUCUGUCGAGUACUGGAAAGACAGUCAAACAUGUUUUUUGAGUUGGGAAACCCUCCACACGAACCCUUCAUCCCACAAGAAAGACCAUCGGAACUCUGUUAUUUAUACCAGGGACUGCAAUUAAGACUAAAGAUAAUUUGGAAAGUCAUAACUGUCUUCUAAUGUUGAUAUAGCUCUUUAUUAUUUAUGUUAAAUGUUUACCUGACAUUGAGUCGCCAUAUGACCAAUAAUUGUGCCGGUGUGACGUUAAACCCAACAAAAUAAAUAAAUUACCUGGCAUUGAACAUUUUGAAAGGGUUCAAUGAUCUGACACACACACGCGUGCGCGCGCGCACACACAUGCAUGCACUCACGCACACGUCUGUGUAUCAACACGUGAAGUGAUUAUAUCACAAUGUUUAAUAUACUUUUACAGUAAACAAUUAGUAUAGCAUUGCAUUGUAUACUACGAGUAUUUGCCUAUCAAUAGUAUCUCGUUAACUAUGGUGUUAUAUCAUUGGUAUACCAUUAUACAUUUAACAUUGCAAGGAUAUCGUAUUUUAAUAGUAUUGUAUUGAUCAUAACCUUUAUAAGUAUGUACAUUUGGUAUAUCGUAGCACUUAGACAAUCCUGAGCAGUACACAUAUACAAUGUAUACCUAGAUAAAAAAUAAAUUGAACUUGUGUGCCCACUGAAAAAUAUCUGUUUUCGUAAAAUUAU